UGAGACCCAAAAUUUACUUACCAAUAGCAUGAUGCCGUUAUCGCCAUUCCCAAAAAUGCAAAUUUGAUUUUUGUGUUAUUUAUUUCAAUUUCAAUUUCAAUCCUCUUUUCUUCAUUAUCGCCGUUUUAAGGGUUUCCCUCCACACUCUCUCACCAUUCCAUUCAAAUUCAACGAUUUUCCCAACUCCUUCACACCGCACUGCACCAGAUCAACAUAAAAGGUUUGAUUGCUAUGGAGCUGAAUUCGCAGAACAGACCAUUUUCGAUCAAAUUAUGGCCUCCGAGUCAGAACACUAGACAGACGCUUGUGGAGAAGUUGACCAACAAUCUUACUACGAAAUCUAUUUUCACACAGAAGUAUGAAACUUUGGACAAGGAAGAGGCUGCAAAAAGUGCUAAAAAGAUUGAAGACACGGCUUUUGCCACAGCAAACUUGCAUUAUGAGAAUGAGCCAGAUGGUGAUGGAGGUUCUGCAGUCCAGCUUUAUGCAAAAGAAUGUAGUAAGCUCCUCCUUGAAGUGCUUAAAAGAGGACCUGGUAAAAACAGUGACAAAGAAGCAGUGAUAUCUGAUGAUGAUGCUGUCCCUCGUGACUCUGUUUUUGAUAUCUCUAAAGGCAAAAGGGCUUUCAUUGAAGCGGAGGAGGCUCAUGAACUUUUGAGCCCAUUGAAGGAGCCGGGAAAUUCAUUCACAAAAAUAUGCUUCAGUAACAGAAGUUUUGGAGAAGGAGCAGCAAAAGUCGCUGAGCCGAUUCUCAUAUCCCUCAAGGACCAGUUGAAAGAAGUAGACCUAUCAGAUUUUGUUGCUGGAAGAAAAGAAGCAGAAGCACUUGAUGUCAUGAGGAUAUUCUCAGCUGCUCUAGAAGGCACUGUCUUGAAGUAUUUAAACCUUUCUGACAAUGCUUUAGGUGAGAAAGGUGUUAGAGCAUUUGGAACUCUCUUGAAAUCACAAAGCUGCUUGGAGGAGCUUUAUCUUAUGAAUGAUGGAAUUUCAGAAGACGCUGCUCAAGCAGUUUCUGAGUUUAUUCCUUCCACAGAGAAGCUCAAAGUUCUUCAUUUUCAUAAUAAUAUGACAGGAGAUGAAGGAGCACUCGCUAUAGCUGAGGUUGUGAAGCGUUCUCCUUCCUUGGAGGAUUUCCGCUGUUCCUCCACCAGGAUAGGCGAUGAAGGUGGAGUUGCCUUAUCUGAUGCUUUAGGGAAUUGUACCCAUUUGAGGAAGCUUGAUUUGCGAGACAACAUGCUAGGUGUCGAGGGUGGGAUUUCUCUGAGUAAAGCUCUUGCCAAACAUGCAGAGUUAAGAGAGAUAUACCUGGGCUACCUGAACUUGGAAGAUGAAGGAGCAAUUGCUAUAGCUAAUACCCUUAAGGAAUCAGCUCCUCACCUUGAAGUUCUUGAGAUGAGUGGAAAUGAAAUUACGGUUGAUGCUGCUCCUGCUAUAGUAGACUGCCUAGCAACAAAGCAGUUUCUUACCAAGUUGAACCUCUCUGAGAAUGAACUCAAGGAUGAAGGUGCCAUCCAGAUAAGUAAGGCUUUAGAAGGCCUUAACCAGUUAAAGGAAAUCGAUCUAAGUUCCAACAAAAUAAGCGGAGACGGGGCCCGACAAUUGGCGCUCACUGUGGUGCAGAAGGCUGAUUUUAAACUUCUGAACGUUAAUGGAAACUUUAUUUCUGAUGAAGACAUUGAGGAGUUGAUUGUUAUAUUUAAAGACUCUCCAGACAUGCUGGGUCCAUUAGAUGAAAAUGACCCUGAUGGGGAAGAUGGAGACGAAGAAUCUGACAAAGGUGGUUCAGAGGAUGAACUGGAAUCCAAAAUGAAGAACCUUGUGGUUGAUUGAAAUGUAGCAGUUCCAAGUCUAAUUGUUCUGCUGUGAAGCAACUCAUUUAGUAUCAGUUUAUUCAUUCAUAGAAUCAUAUGUAACCGUUAAGAUGCAUUAUUUCACCAAAAGAUCGAAUUUCUAUGCGUAUCUUGGUGGUUGUUACUUUUAGUACUUUUGGUGGUCUAACCAUAUUGAGGGUAUGUCUGGACUUAGAUAUUGUAAUCUUGUCUUCAAUGUUUCUGUUUUCUUUUCAUGAGAUUGUAUUAUUUGCAGUUGCAAACACUGUAGUCUAGUCAUUAGUGUAGUAACACACCUAGUUAUCAUCAGUGUUAUGUUAUUCAUUUUUGAAUGAUCCCUGUGAGGAGUAUGGUGUUAUUCUAAUAGUUGUUUACUUCUAGCUAA